AUGCUUUAUGUUUAUGGAUCAUAGAAAGCAUGAUUUCAGAGCAAUUAAAAUGACAGAUAAUCCUCAAGGUAAUGGAAUAUAUUUGACUAGCAUGAGGAAACUACAACCACCCUAAUUCAAAGCUUCAGGACCUUUAACCUAAACUACUAGGGAAAAAAAAACAAAAACCCUAAUUGAGCUUGUUCAGUGGCCAAAGUGACAGUACUAAAUUAAAGUAAAAGCCUGAUUAUGUCACAUGCCUCUUUAAAAAGUUCAGAGACACCUCUAUUCUCUCUUGGACAAAAUCCACUCUCCUUUACUUUUCAAAGUCCUUCACAAUCUAGUUCUAGCCUAUUCAAGCUAACUGCCCUAUGCUUAACACAGAGUCUAGACACUUUUUUAAGUACAGGAUUUUUCUAAGUAUAGGAUUUGCUAAGUGCAUCCCUUUUGUGUGUACCCCAUAUACCCCAGGCUUGAGAUGUUAUUUCUUCCUUAGCUCCACCUCCCUAGAUUCCCUGCCUUCCUUUGAAACACAGCUCAAAUACUACUACUUAGUGAAGUCUUCUGUGAACCAUUCUCUCCCUCACCUGCAGGAGAAGCUACAUGAUACAAUGAAUAGAAGGCUAAACUUGGACUCAGGAAGAACCAGAUUCAGCUCAAACCUCAGACAUUUAGCAGUUGUAUGAUCUUGGGCAAGUCACUUAACUACUGUCUGCCUCAGGAAAAUGAGGCUAAUAGAAGCUACUUCCCAGGUCUCCUGUGAGGAUCAAAUGAGAUACCAUUUGCAAAACUUAAACUAUGAAAAAAGAAGGAAAAAAAGAUUGCUGCUGUUCAGUCCUGUACUACUAUGUGUGACUUCAUUUGGGAUUUUCUUGGAUACUUAAGUAGUUUGCCAUUUCCUUCUCCAGCUCAUUUUACUGAUGACAAACUAAGGCAAAUAAGACUAAACUUAGAUACUACUCUAAGGCCUGAUUUGAAAUUAAAAAGUGUCUUCCUGUCUCCAGACCCAACACUCUACCCAUUGUCAUUAGAUUAUUUUAUUUGCCUCAUAUUUGCCAAAAUUACCUUGUUUUUACUUUAUGUAUGUAUUUAUUCAUCCAUUCAUUUAUAUAUGCACGUUUCUUCCUGACAAUAUGUAAACUACUCGAAGUCAUACUUUGAUUUUUGUCUUCGUAUCCCAAUUACCUAGAACAGUGGUUGUUACAUCGUAAGUGCUUAAUAAAAGAUGCAGAAGGAAGGUUCCAGGAUAACUCUUAAGGUAGAGAAUAUAGGUAUGCAUAUGUGGAUUCAGGCAUACCACAGCAGCAAGGGGAGGUAGUUAGAGAUGGCUAGAGGGAAGCUAUAUGUGCCCGUUCUACCCGGCUUUGUCAAAGCCUAGGUCUCCCGCGUCUUUUGUUUCCUGGCCAGCCACAGCCUAGUCAGAUCCUAUUCACAGGAGGAGGGAUGGGAUGAGGAAGACCAGACGUACCCGGUUCAUGAGUUACGUCUGGGUGGAAUCUUGUCUAAAUUACCCCACGAGCCACUGAAGAAGCCGCAGGACGUGCACGGUCACCCGGAAGAUGGAGAUGGGUGGGAGAGGUCCAAAUCCAGCAGACAAACGGUCCUCCGCCAGUGCAUAAUCUCGGGGCUCCCCCAAAGCCCUCUGGGCCCCUAUCUUUGUGCGAGCCCAGCGCAGUCCCACGUGAGCCUGCCUCCGCCGCCGCCAUCUUUGUGCGGGGCUGGGCUUCCGUCUGGGCUGCGGGAGCAGCUCGGGGUUUUCCCCGAUGGCGCCGCGGCCGCCUUCGCGGCUGCUGCUGUGGUUGCUGCUACUCCUCCCGGCGACUCAGGGCAGACGGAAAGAUUCAGGUCCAAAGUGGAAAGAAUUUAUAGACCAAAUUAACAAAUCUGUAGAGAACUACCAGUCAUGUUCAAAAGGAAACUGCAGUUGCCACCUUGGGGUCAUGGAGAAAGAUCUGGCCCCCUUCCAAGGAGGCAUUUCCAAAGAGGUGAUGGCCAAUGUGGUUAACCGGAAACUAGGGACGCACUAUCAGAUUAUCAAGAAUGAAUUAUACAGAGAACAUGAUUGCAUGUUCCCUGCAAGGUGUAGUGGUGUGGAACACUUCAUUUUGGAAGUUAUUAACCACCUUCCUGACAUGGAGAUGGUGAUCAAUGUACGGGAUUAUCCUCAGGUUCCUAAGUGGAUGGAACCUACCAUUCCAGUCUUCUCCUUCAGCAAGACUUCUGAGUACCAUGAUAUCAUGUAUCCUGCAUGGACAUUUUGGGAAGGGGGACCUGCUGUUUGGCCAAUUUAUCCUACGGGUCUUGGGCGAUGGGAUCUUUUAAGAGAAGAUCUUGCAAGGUCUGCAGAGAAGUGGCCAUGGGAAAAGAAAGUAUCAAGAGGAUACUUUAGAGGAUCUAGGACAAGUCCAGAGCGAGAUCCCUUAAUUCUUCUAUCUCGGGAAAAUCCAGGACUCGUUGAUGCAGAGUACACUAAAAAUCAGGCCUGGAAAUCUGAAAAAGAUACUCUUGGAAAACCACCUGCUAAGGAAGUCGCACUUGUGGAUCACUGCAAAUACAAAUACCUUUUUAAUUUUCGGGGUGUAGCUGCAAGUUUCCGGUUCAAACACCUUUUUCUGUGUGGCUCACUAGUCUUCCAUGUAGGUGACGAAUGGCAAGAAUUCUUCUAUGCACAGCUAAAACCAUGGGUUCACUAUAUCCCAGUCAAUACAGAUCUAUCCAAUGUCAGGGAACUCCUACAGUUUGUGAAAGAAAAUGAUGAUCUAGCCCAUGAGAUUGCUGAGAGGGGGCGACAAUUUAUCAUCAACCAUUUGAAGAUGGAUGACAUUUCCUGUUACUGGAAGAUUUUGUUGACUGAAUAUUCCAAAACCUUGUCCUACAAAGUGAAGAAAAAGAAAGACUAUAGCAAAAUUUCCCCUAAACCUUUGAAAACAGAACUUUAAGAACUACUGUGAUCCUCAUGGAAGAGCGACUGCAUUUAGAUAUCUUUGUGAUAAGAUGCAGAGUAUCUCAUUCAUUUGAAUGAAAUUAUACUUGUCUGUGCUAACUUGUGUCUUAUAAGACUGUCAUCUAAUUCUGACCAAAUAACUGGUCUCCCUUAUCUUUCUAUAAUAAGAGAUUAGAAAGAUCCAAACUUGCAGAGUCACACAACAAUAAAACAUAUAUUUAGAAAACA